AUGGGGUGCAUGAAGUUCUUAGGGCACAAGAACGGAGACUACUCGCAGGGCGCGCAGAGGAGGAGGAGGAGCAUCGGCAUGCGUAGCAGAGGGUUGAGAAGUUUGACCCUGUCACUGCUGCUCGCAUGCGCCGCCUCCUCCUCUAUGCACGUUCACUGUCGCAGUCCCGUCGCUGCUCUGGCCCUGAGAGGAGGCAACGGGGGAGAUGAAGCAGACGUGGAUCCAUACGAUCCCCUCCUGUACCAACAGCUCGAACCCGACGCUGAGCUGGAGAAGCUGGAGGAGGAAGAAGGAGGAGAGCACGCCGGGGAAAGAGUGACCGAGACUCAACAGCAAGCGACAACCAUGGAGUUUGCUCGUCUUGCCGCUCCUUCCCACGAGUCUCAGUACAGCCCGCAGGACUUCCACGGCCCUGGCACAUGGCGGUGGACAGCUGACGGGCUGCUGGUGAAGGAGGCAAGGGCUCAGGAGAAGGACGAGUUGGCUGACUUUGCCCACGUCGAGCCCAGCAAGUUCUCGCUGAUCCAGCAGUUCUACUCGGCGGCUGUGGCUGCGGAAGGAGAAAUUUUCAAAGCGUUCGAGGCUGAACCAAAAUAA